AUGAGACUUUUCACCAGCCAAACAGGACUUACUAUUAAAGUAGGUGAAAAUGCAAAGGAUAAUGAUAAGCUGAUUAAAACAUCUCAUCAAGAUUCUUUGUGGUGCCAUCUAGAAAACUUACCUUCACCACAUGUAGUUAUUGAUUCCUCAAAUCCAGAUACAGAUACAAUCAGUGAUGCUUACCAAUUAGUAAAGUUUUUCUCAAAAUAUAAGAACUCAAAUCAGCUACGAAUUAUUUCAACCAAGAUUAGAAAUGUCGAUAGAAUAGACUUAUCAAAGCCAGGACUUGUUCAUCUCAAAAGUUCUCCUAAUAAAAAAUCUAUCAAGACAAACGUCAAUACUCUAAGGAGACUCGGCCUCUCUGCUGAAUAA